GUUUUACCCUCAGUCAAACGGAAAUAGCCGUAAGUAGAGGACGUGUGGAAGGAAGAAAAUUCUCCUUUUUGGAAGAGUUUUGGAGCAGAGAGAAAAGAGGAAAUUUUAACAAUAUAGGACAGUGGCUAUAAGAACAACCCAGCAUUGAUCGUUUGGACUUUUAAAAAGUGGAAAGACGGCGUAGCUUAUAAAUCUUUGCAAAAAAUUUACAGGCAAAGACGAUAUUUUCUCUGCAGCCAUUUGACGAAAAUUUGAUGGUUACUAAUUGUGAUGGUAUAAUUAAUAAUUGAUCGAAUUUCUUGUCUUUGUGCUAAAAGUGAGUGAUUUGAAGACCCAAAAUCCAACAAGAGACAAAAGUUAGCAGCAAAAAAUUCCCCCCAGAGAGCAUUGAAACGCAAUAAAUCUCCAUUGUUCUUUGUUUGCAACGAAGCGGCCAUCUUGUUUUAAAUUUUCUCUUCGAAGCUUGUGUUUGAGACGCAGUUUCUGUGUGAUACGCAAAAGAGCACCCUAAAGUCUCUUUUGGCCCCUUAAAACAGUGUCUCAGUGGACUGAUUACUAUUAGGGAUUGGACAAUAGUGCAGAAAUAGUGGUUUCAUUUGGCAAAAAAAAGAGUUUUCUGUCUGAAAAAAAAGUUCAUUUUUUUGAAAGAAAGAAAAUUUCUCUUUUACCCCCUCUCCAUUUCUACGACACAACAUUUGUCGUAGUACAGUUUCCCGCCGCUGCGUUGCGCUGUUCAAUGCAGAAAAAUUCAAACGAGAGACACAAAUGGUGUUGUUUUGGAUCCAGCAAUCAACGGUGUUUUGUUCUGUGAUAAAAUUUCAUUCUAUUUCGGUAAAGAAAAAAACACUGGAAAAUACCACCCGCACUUAUCAUAAAGAUCAUUGUGUAGCAACUAAAAUUGUGUGAUCCAGAGCAAACAAAAAGGACAUCACCUGGAGGGAACACACAUUGCAUUUUUCUUAUUCGUGUAAGAAACAAAUCACCAAUUUUACUACCGCGUGGAGAAUAGUUAUUAAGGGAGCUGCGUAACAUAUUAUACAUGUUCAGUGGCAAUUCCGAAUUUUUCAUUGAGUGAAUUGCCACCCUGACAAUUUUGGGAAGAAAAAAAUAAAUAAAGGACAAAAAGGAUAAGACUUCACAGGAGAGUACAAAACGAGGAGCCACAGAAACAAUGACGAAUUCGCAGAAUAGACCCAGCAGUGGCGGAAAUCGCUAUAGCGGUGGUGGACAAUUUAGUCCGCCACAUCAUCAUCAGCAGCAGCAGCAGCAGCAGAAAGGAGGCGGUGCCUCUGCGACUUCAACGCCAAAUGGGGCACCAAGUAAGGGUAGUGCGCGGAAGUCUCGUAGUCAGAGAUCACCGAGCGGAGUCACGUACUUUGCAAGUCAGUCGACACUGUACUUUACGCCAGUUAGGCAAAAGAAUCCGACCAGCCAGUCAGUGACACCAACCGGUCAGCACCAGAUGAUGAGCUCUUCACCGCCCAAUUUCUCACAUUUUGCCGGCAGUAAGUGCUACGAGGCACCCGCCCCCACGGCACUCCCGCGGCCCCCAGAUCACUGGAAGGUGCCAACGGCCAAGGGGACGAUGAUACCUACGCCUCCAAAAAUGGUGCCAGUCCUAAGUACAUCCAGCAAAAGUUGUGCUGGUGUUCUGACAGACGGAAAAUCUGACAUCUUCUCGCACAAUCUCAAAAUGCUGCUCAAUAUAAAGGCCUAGGUGAAAAAUAGCAUUGAUGCUAAAAAAAAAAAUUGACAAAAUCGUCAAGCUGUGGAUAUGAUUAGAGCAAAGGAGGAUUCAAAUCGUGAGCUUUAGAUUUAGAGUGUGAUGAUGAUGAUGUAGUAAGAAAGGGGAGCCAAGAUACGACAAUGUGCAGCCGUUUGACAAGUAAUUCUUCUUUUAUUUCUGUUCUACAAGUUUUUUUUUGUCUCUGCAAAUUAUUAAGAAUAUUUUAUAAUUUUUUUUUAGUAACUGUUUACCAUUUCAAAAGAAAAUUAAUCGAGGAGAGGUGUAUCUUUUAAAUUUUUAAUAAUAGUAUUUUGACUAUUUGAGUGACUCAGUGAGUGUGUGAUGGAGAAGCAUCAUUUUGAUUGAUGUGGACAAUCACACAAAAUACUAUUGUAAAUCAUUUGAAAGACUAUCCCAGGGGAGAACAUUUCAACAUUAAGAGAGAGAGAUAUAAGCAUUACAUGGAGAAGGAAAAAUGUCGUUUUGUAUUGAAAUUGAUGAAAGUUUCUUUUUUACCCUAAUCAUUUGAAAGAAUCAUUGAAAACUAAAUCCUUGACCUGUAUAAUCUACAAUUUUUAAUCUUUAUUGAUUAUUUUUUUCGAGAAAAAAAAGAAUAGUUUUAUUUGGAAAUUGUGUUAUUUUACAAAGAUUUUUUUUUCUGAAAAUAAUCUCAUUUUUGUAAAUUAAUCAGUUGAUGCAAAACAGAUAACAAACCAAUUAGACGAUUUUUAUAAAUGUAGAAUAAAAAGAUUUAAAAAAAAACACUCAACACAAAACGAAUACUAUUUUUCUUGUCAUUUUUCACCAGUGUGCUUUUUGACAAAAACCUCAAAACUUCGACAAACCAUAUUAGUGUUUCUUGCAACAUAAUUAAUUGUUACUUUUAAAAUAAAAGAACCACCUCAUUUGAUCUAUAUAAAAAAAAAUGAAGUAAACUAAUAAUAUAGAUGUCAGUAUUUGAAAAAAAAAAUGAAUUUUGACUAAGAGAAAACAGAGUCUCUAGAUUUUGAAUAACAAUUACAACUAGUUGAUCCUGUGAUAAUUGAUAUAAGGGACGACUUGUAAAACUUUACACACCAGAAAGUUUUUGGCUGAAAUACGAUGGCUAUAGCGAAAAAGGAAGAGAUAUUGCAGAAAUUAGGAGAUUCAUGAUUGAAGCACAAGAGCUUUCAUUUUGUGUACAAUUUGACAAUGAAAUGGACUUGAAUAGAAUUCUUGGCAAUUUAAGUUUAUCACUGUGUAUUUUUUUUUAGAAAUCAUUUCUAGUAGCUGUAAAAUGGAUCAAUGCAAGGGGACUCUUGAAGCAUUCAUUUUAGCGUUUGAUUGUUGAAUCCUAAAGUAAAGUAGAAGUGUACAAGUGCAUUGGAACGAACAAAUUACCAUUUCACUAUGCAUUUUAAUUCUAGCAGUUUAACAAAAUGUCUAAACUGCUAGUACUUACAUUGUCGAAUCGGAAAACUUGAUCUUUGAUUUCGUGAAGAAAACAGGAAAUUUUUAGAUUUUGAUGUAUAAGUUCUAGCAGUUUGGCUUUCAUCUGGAGAGUAUAAAUUUUUGAACAAGUUCAUCGUUUCUCAGCAUAGUUAUCUGAUGUUCAAAACAGAAGAUUCAAAAUUGUCGUGGGAAAUUAUGAAAUGUCAAAACUGCUAGAAUUUACCUAGCAGUAAUAUCACGAACUCUGCAUUUGCGAAGAAAUGCCAUCAAAAGAGGGAACAUUUUAACAACUUAUUGAUUAAUCAGCAGUUUUUGUGUCUACUGUUUAUAUUACACAGCGGAUGCAACAAUUGCCGAAGGUACGUCAAAACUGCUAGAAUAUACAUUCGCAGUUUGACAUUAGCUGUCAACAACAAAUUGCUUUAAUUCCCUAUAGCUCUACGCCUCGGGAAUGGGAAAAAAUCAAAACUACUAGAAUUCAUAUCAAUAUUUCUAGCAGUUUGAUAAUCAUUUCAUAAAAAAAAUAUAAGGAAAUUUGUUCUCAAUCUUCGUAAAAUGUACAGAGACUAACUCGGAACUGCUAGAAUUAAUGGUGCUUAAUCCAAAAUCAAUGCGUUAGUACAUUCUAUUUUACUAAGUUUUUAGUAAUAUGGGAUUAUACAAUCGGGCGUAUAAUUUUAGAAAGAAAAACCAAAAGAAGUUGCAUAUGCUGAUUUAAAUUUAAAGCUAUUAGAAUUAUUUCUAGUAGCUACUUUUUUCAGUUUCAUGCAACUUUUUGGAAAAAUGUGGACAGAGUUCCCUUGCAGAAUUUUAAAUAAAUAAAAUAUUGCAUUUAUAAGAUAUGGAAAGUAGAUUUUCACUAAAAAAUAAAUAAAUAAAAAUUGGACAAUUUCCCAAUCACUGAUAGGAAAAAUAGUAGUUUUAACAUUCCACGUAUUAAUGAUUGUAUUCUUCAGUAGUAAAUAUUUGCAAUAAUUUUCUACAUUUUACUUUAAAAAAAAAAUCAGUUGCUCUCUUAAAUGGAACACCGUGAAACACUAAUACGCAUUCUCGAAGAUCUUUUUUGUUUUUUAAAUUUUUUUGUUUGGUUUUUUUUUUACUUUCAAUUAGUCAAAUUAAAAUCAAUAUGAAAUAAAAUAUUAUAAAAAAAAUUUUGAAAAUAAAUUGUAAAGCAGUAGAUAUCACACAACCGCCCAAAAUAUUUCAAAGUGUGACCCGAAUCUAUUGGAAUAAACAAAAAAUUAAUGGUAAAAAAAAAUUGAAAGUCAAAGAAUUGAAGUAAAAAAGAAAUGUCAUGAGUCCUUGUGGAAGACAAGAAAGGCAAGAAGAAUCUGAUGGGUAAAAAAAAAUAUUUUAAACAAGUUAAACAGUACAAAGAUAGAAAAAUAAUGAUGGUAAAUGAAAAUUGAUGAUGAAUUUAGGUGGAAGGAAGAAGAGGUGUAACCCACUCGAUUUCAAUAAAAGGUAAUUACAAGAAGAAAAUAAAACAAUGAUUUAAGGAAAAAAUUACAAAUAGUGAAGUGAGAGUAGAGGAUGAAAAGAAAAUAAAUGUUGCCAUCGAGAAACUACUGACAUUCUUCGCCAAAAAAUUCAAAAUGUAAUUAAUAGAGUAAAAGGCAUUAAGAAAAAAAAAUGCAUGAUGGGAAGACAAUUUAAUGUUUGCUUCAAUACCAUUUUGAUGAAAUAUUAAAUUUGAAAGGUAAACAAAUUGGCUUGUUAAGCAUAAGAAUUUUUGAUGAAUUAUCAUUUCAGUGAGAGCCACAGGUAAAUUCAAAUUUUAUUAUAUCGCGCUUUUAGGUUUUUCUUUCUUUUUUUUAUUUAAAUGAAUGUUAAUAAAGUUUUCAAAAGAUUAUCUUUUAAUUUGUUUUAAAUCCCGAAAUACUUUUUUUUGCAAUGCAACGUAUAGAAUUUUGAAAAAAAAAUGUAAAUUUGAAUUUACUUUUGGCCUUUAAGAAGUUGGAAAGGUGUAAGAACACAAAAAAAAAACCUUAGUAAACCCUAAAGAUAGUUUUACAAGAGUGAAGGAUAAAAUUUCAAAAUAUAGUUUUUAAGGAUUAAUAAGGUGAUAUGAAAAGAAAUAACAAUAUGCAAAGGGAAGAAUUUUUAUUUUAUAUGUCUUCCACGAAACAUUUUGUCAACUUUUCUAAAUAAAAACAAACAAAAAUAAAAAUGUGAGAAGACAUGAUGAUAAGAAUGAGCUGAUGAUGGUCAACAGAAAAUUGUGCAACAUCGAAUUGUGUUGAAUUUGCGAUAGAUAAAAUUUUCUAAUUUGCUACAGAAAAAAAAUUAGUAAUUUUUUUGUAGAAGUGAUUUUUAUUGAUAACAAUAAUACAUUCAAUAAAAAUCGGCGUAUUUUCGUAAAUUCACGCAAUAAUAGAAGAAGAAAUUGAUGGAAACACAAAUUUCUAAUAAACUAAAUAAUUAUUAAGGGAAAAGCAAAAAGAAGUUUGAAAGAAGAAUAAUGAAAGAUUUUAAGGAUAAACAUAAAGAAUACAUUUCAAAUGGUGUUUUAAAUGUGAUUUGAAAUCCGUGUAAAAUUUAUAAUAUUCAGAACAGAAAAAAAAAUCAAGAAGAUAAAUGUAAAAAAAAAUCCGUGUAUAACUCUAAAAAUAGAAAUUCUCAACCAAAAAUUACUGUAGACAUUGUACAUUUAAAAAAAAAGAAACAAGAAAUUAUUAAUGGCAAAAUUGCAAUAGUUCAAAUUUACUUUCUUCACCUAAAAGAAAAAAAAAUCAGAAUACUUUUAUUAUUACCCAAUAAUGCAAUGUGUUUUUGUUUAAUUUUUGUUUUAUAUGCUCAUCAUUUUGUUUUUUUUCAAGAGAUAUUUUAUUAUUUUUAAAUAAAUAUAGAAUUUUGCAGUAUAUUGUAGAUUUAAACAAGAAAAAAAUUAUACCAAGAAAUAAAUGAGGUCUUUAAUUUAAAAAAAAAAAACAACAACAAGAGAACAAAACCUUUUACCAAAAUUUUAAAAAUUCCACAUUUUUUUUGCUAAAUAGAUAAUAAAACCAAAAUUUCCCAGCUUAUAUAUCUUUUUUUUUUAAUUCUAGCGAACAACAGUAUUUAAAAAUAAUUCUUUCAAAAUCGAUGAGCGUCAAUUAUGGUUGAAUUUUUCUGACUAAUGCAACCUCAAAAUCAAUUCAAAAGAUGGAGAAAAAAAUAAAAUAGAGAUUUUAAAUGUGAGAAAUAAACAAGCGUAAAGAUUGAAAAAUGUGAUUUUCAUGAUAAAAAGAAACAAAUGAUUACAGAAUAAGUUUUAAGAAAAAAAAGAAGAUGCAUAUUUACUUUCAUAAAAGACAAGAUAAAAAAAAACUGCACAAAAAAAAAGAAAAA